ACUUGUUUGACAACAAAACAACGAUUGAGUGAAGAGUUGUUUGUGUCCAUCACUUAAGACACUAACCAUUAUAUCGUUUGACUAUCACUCGAACAGAUCCAGAAGAAUGGCCGACAGACUCACACAACUUCAGGACGCCGUCAAUCAGCAAUCGGAAAACUUUUGUAAUAGUAUUGGAGUUCUUCAGCAGUUCUCAAAGCCCACGUUUUUCCCCGAAUUCGACAAAUCGUCGUCGAAAUCACCGACAGCUCAGACACAGUCUUCCGAAGAUUUUGCCCAAUUGUUCGCCACAUUAAUCGCUAGAACUGCUAAAGACAUCGAUGUCCUCAUCGACUCACUUCCCAAUGAAGAAUCGACGCCUGAAUUGCAGGUAUUUUCCAAUUGUUCUUCUAUUUGA